AUGACCACCCUGGCUCAGUAUAACACACAGAUGUAUGAGGUCAGCGAUGCAGAAGAUAAUUUCCAAGAUGACAUACUGGACUGCCCAAGCAAUGCACAGCUCAGCAGAAGCUUAGAAAAGAGCUAUUUUGGAUCAGGGCUCUCUACCAGUAUUGACUUGGCUCGUGCCAACCUUAGAAGCACAUCCAUCAAUGCAUUAGAUUUUGAUAACAAUAAACUAAUGGUGGAAGCCGAGGAGGGCAGUUGGGUUCACAAGAAAAAAGAGAUUUCCAUCUCUGAUUCACUAGUGUCUAGCAAAGCGACAGUAAAGACAGCAGUGUUUGCCUCAGGUUUGCUUGAGUUUGGGGGUUAUCAAAGUCAAAAACAUGCAUCACUCAGCAUAUUUCAAGCAUGCACAGUCAAAGUCCAAGAGAAAUAG